GAGGACGUGCCUCAAGUCAGUGGAGGUGAGUUUCAGGUGCGCUCUGCCACGGGACUGAAUCUUAUUGAGAGUCGAUUGGUGGAAGACACUUUACCAGCGAGAAGUGAAGGAUAUGGUUUCGGGACUGUAAAGAGAAGAGCUGUGAAGACGAAGUACGCCAACAUGAGGAAGAUGCUCUUGACCAAGAACGACCAGAUCAAGGAACUGAGAUCACAACUAAAGAAGUACGAGUCGUGACCCUUGGCUCACAUAGCAACCCGAUCUCUUCCUUAUGCCAACUGAUAGCUCUAAAUUACACAUUUUUGUCCAUGACAUCUCUAAAUUACACAUUUUUGUCCAUGACAUCAUGUAGCUUGUGCUAAAAAUAGAUUGGACAUGUAUAUACUAUCUGGGAGAUGGUCAAGCUACAUUGAAACAAACAUCGUACAACGAAAAACAUAACACACAAUGACACAAUGGUAAUACAAACGCGGAUAUAGAUGUACACAUGUAUAAACACGGAAUAAUAGCCACAAACACAAAAGCACUCCUAAUGAGGCAAGAUUAAUUGCUGCUUUUUCCUAUGAAACAAGGCCAAACACUGGCUCUUGAGCAGCUCAAUCUCUCUUUCGAGGGUCCCCGUUUUGACGAAAAAGUCUUUUCUACGCAUCCUGAGUCCGUCUAUCUCUUGCUGUAGUCCCAGCACCAGCUCCUGUUUGCGCUGACGACAAUUCUUAGCCGCUAUCUUGUUCUUCCCUCUUCUGCGGACGUUUUUGAUGUUUGUCUUUUUUCCGUCCGGGACUGUGGGAGACUCGAGGAUUUUCUUGAAUUUGUAAAACGGCAUGUGGACAAGUUUUUCUUCGCCCGCCGCUGGAGUCUGUUUGCUCUUGGGUACGUCCGAGUUUGUUUGGUGGGUGUGGCUUUGUGAAGGGGCGGGGCUUUGUGCUCGAUUGAAUGGUGUUUGUGUCGAACACGAAGCAAAGUCGCUAGAAGGGGUCGUCGGUGUUCCAUGCAGGCUGGGAUUAGGACUCGGUGCCCCGCCGUGCAUCAGAGUAAAUUGUCCGCUAACGAGAGGAUCUCCCUCGUAACUGGGAGUAGAUUGAGGGUGGUAGGGAGCGGGAGAUGGUACGACGUGCGGGAGUGAAGAGGGAGGAUGGGACGAGUGCGAGGGGGAACUCCCUCCGUUGUAGCUGUUAACGAAGUUCAAGUGUCCCGGGGAGUGGUGAUAAGACGGAGUUGGGGAGGGAGAGUGACGAGUGAACGGGGUCGCCUGAGGGUGAGGGCUGUAGAGCAUGUCGAAAUUAUAGUGCUGCCCUGUGGAGUGUGCGGAUGAGGGAGGAGGUGAGGGGGACGGCAGGGAGGGAGUGGGGAAGAGAUACUGCGAGGAAGAACACAUGUCGACUGUCGAACUGUACUCCGAAUCCCCCACAGACGAGGCAGCGUCGGAGUAAACGGGGUAGUUGAGCAUGGAGUGUGUACUCCACUCGUCCAUAGGUGAAGGACUACCAACCAUGGCCUGGCUGUCUCCCAACGUCAUAGAGUUCAAAGUGGCACAGACGGGCGAGGGGGAAGAGAGGGGGAAAGGGGAAUGAAUCGGGCUCUUCCCCUCUACGCCGAGUAGCGGGUGAGAUGACUGUUCCAUGUCUGUCAUAAAGACACCGGGAUCGAUGUCGUCUAAUAGGGACUGUGUGGGGAAAGGAGGGACUAUGGCGGCCGAAGAAUCUCCAUCUGCCAGCGAGUUCUCCAUCAGUAAACUCUGAAGGUCUGUGGAGUUGAGUUCUUGGAGGUUCAGGGGAGGGAGAUGGUUGGAGGGAGCUGGUCUCAGAGACGGCUCUUCGGAGUCGCAAAACUCUUCGUCGAACCCUUCGUCCUCGUCGCCCAUUGCUCCACCGGCUUCACCGUCGCUCUCUGUGAACGGAGAGAGAGAGGAAACACGGUCAAUUUUGCGUUGUAUAAUAUAGUGGUAUAUAGUACAUAUGAAUAAACUCGUGUGGCUAUAGUAGGCGUACCGGUCUGGUACACAGACUCACCGGCUUUGCUUGACUCUGAGGCGGGGGAAGAGACUCUUAGCUGUGGGUCGACCAUAACACCGGCCACCGGUCCCUCCACUAACAUAUCUAGAACGCCCAGCGGGAGAGGUUGGUUUGUCUGCUGGUCAGCCGGCAGAGGUUCGCCGUUAUCGCUGAGCGUGCGUAGAAGACGGGCUUCCAUACUGCUUAAAACUUUGGUUCUGUCUUGAGAAUGAGAUCACUAAAGUCGUUUGUGAAGUUUUGGCUUA